GUUUUAUUCACAGAGCUUGUCAAAUCCCUCAUUUCCUCUCUUUGGUUUUCCCUUGGGUAUCAACACCUUUAAAGGUCAGUACUUUCACAGCCGGGAGUACAAGCAUCCCGAUCUGUUCAAGGAUAAGAGAGUCCUUGUGAUUGGCAUGGGGAACUCUGGCACAGACAUUGCUGUGGAGGCCAGUCACGUGGCUAAAAAGGUGUUACUCAGCACUACUAGAGGUUCGUGGGUGAUAAAUCGGGUUUUUGACCAUGGGUAUCCUUGGGACAUGGUGUUCACUUCUCGAUUUAGAAGUGCAUUAAGAAAUUCCCUCCCAACUUCAGUGGUAAACUGGUUAAUUGGCAAAAAGGCAAAUAGCUGGUUCGAUCAUGCAAACUACGGUUUGGUUCCAGAAAACAGGACUUUCCUAAGAGAACCUGUACUUAAUGAUGAGCUUCCAGGAUGCAUAAUUACUGGAAAGGUGUUGAUCAAACCCAGGAUGGAGACAGUGAAGGAAAACUCUGUAGUGUUUGAGAAUACUCCAGAAGAAGAACCCAUUGACAUAAUUGUCUUUGCCACAGGAUACACUUUUGCUUUUCCUUUCCUUGAUGAGUCUAUAGUGAAAGUUGAAAACAACCAGGCCUCUUUGUAUAAGUAUGUAUUCCCUGCACAUCUGGAAAAACCAACCCUGGCUGUUAUUGGCCUCAUCAAGCCUUUGGGAUCCUUGGCAUGCACAUCGGAAGUACAAGCCCGAUGGGCCACAAGAGUCCUGAAGGGCUUGAAUAAACUACCAUCACCAGAGGCCAUGAGAGAAGACAUUAGCAAAAGGAAAGCCAAUAAAGCCACCGGGUUUGGUUUAUACUUCAAACUGGUUUUGCAAACAGAUCGUGUCGUAUACCUAGAUGAACUCUUGUCCUUCAUCGAUGCAAAGCCCAACUUGUUAUCUCUGCUCCUGGUGGACCCACUACUGGCUUUUAAGGUUUUCUUCGGCCCACUUACCCCAUACCAGUACCGUCUGACUGGCCCAGGGAAGUGGGAUGGAGCCAGGAAUGCCAUUCUGACCCAGUGGGACCGGACAAUCAAGCCAACAAAAACUCGAGUUGUACAAGAGCCUCCAGAUACUUUUUCCCACCUACUCAAAGUCUUCAGCUUUUUGGCUCUAUUUGUUGCUAUAUUUCUUAUUUUCCAAUAGCUGAAGCCCUUGGUUCCUCAGAACAAAUGCACAGGGUAGAUCCUCCAUUAGAGCAGUGCCUUCAUUCCUGGGGUCUUUCUCAGAAUAACUAACUUGGGGCAGCUAGGAGGUGCA